ACAUGACUACAAUGGAUUAAUUUAACGUUUCCGGUUUCUGACCGCUAAGGUUUACAUAGAUAUAUCUGUUAAAAUUUCUUGCUAAAACAUUUAAAACUGUAGUUUUAGCAUAAAUACAAAUACGACUAAUUCUUAAUGGAAGUGAUUGUUGUUGUUUUUGCUGCUAGCUAGCUAACUCAUUUGGGAGUUCUAUUAGCUAGUUUGGCAGAUUCAAUUAGAUUGCAUAUUUAACAACGAUCUGAAUGAGUUUCCUAAUCAAUGUUUUGUUUUAGGCGUAUUUUGUAUGGUUUUGGACUUAUAUGUUUAUAUUCGCUUUGCAACUGUUGUACUAUCUCCUCUGUAGUUUGAUGUUUUAAGGUCAUAGGACCAAAAAUGCCUCAAACAGCGGCUGUCAUCAGUGGGAUCCAGAGGAUGGUUUUGUACGAAACAAGAGCAAGAUACUUUUUGGUUGGCAGCAACCAUGCACAGACCAAGCACAGAGUCCUGAAGAUCGACCGCACUGAACCAAAGGAUCUGGUGAUAAUUGACGAUAAGCAUGUGUAUAGCCAACAAGAAGUGCGGGAGCUACUAGGCCGUCUGGACCUGGGAAACCGCAUCAAAAUGGGUCAAAAGGGCUCGUCUGGUUUGUCCAGAGCUGUCUCAGCUUUCGGCAUUGUAGGGUUUGUGCGUUUCCUUGAAGGAUAUUACAUUGUACUCAUCACCAAGCGCAGAAAAAUGGCUGACAUCGGUGGCCACUCCAUUUAUAAAAUAGAGGACACCACCAUGAUCUACAUCCCCAAUGACUCCGUUAGAGUCUCGCAUCCUGAUGAAGCAAGGUACGUGCGAAUCUUUCAGAAUGUGGACCUUUCCAGCAACUUCUACUUCAGCUACAGCUACGAUUUGAGCCACUCAUUGCAGUACAACCUGACAUUGCUGCAGAGACCUUACGAACUGUGGUCGGCGGCGCCCCCCUUAACUAAGGAAGAGGAGCACACACAGGGCAAACAGGACAGCUUUGACAUCUUUGAGGAUGAAGGUUUGCCUACACAAGUGGUUUAUGGUCUCCAGAACGAGCCGUACUACAAGUACGUGUGGAACGGGAAGCUCCUUGAGCGGAUCAAGGACAUUGUGCAUCCUGACUGGCUCAUGUACAUAAUCCAUGGCUUUUGUGGCCAGUCCAAGCUUCUGAUCUACGGUCGACCGGUUCACAUCACCCUCAUUGCCAGGCGCUCCAGCAAAUUCGCUGGGACCCGCUUCCUGAAAAGAGGUGCCAACUGCGAGGGGGACGUAGCUAAUGAGGUAGAGACCGAACAGAUCAUCCACGAUGCCUCGGUUAUGUCUUUCACAGCAGGAAGUUACUCCUCGUACGUCCAGGUCCGAGGUUCUGUCCCACUGUACUGGUCUCAGGACAUUUCCACCAUGAUGCCAAAGCCACCCAUAAGAUUGGACCAAGCAGAUCCAUAUGCUAAUAUAGCUGCCCUGCAUUUUGACCAGAUGCUGCAGCGGUUUGGAUCACCCAUCAUCAUCCUCAACCUGGUUAAGAAACGUGAAAAGAGGAAACAUGAAAAAAUUCUCAGUGAAGAACUCUACCCAGCUGUGAUCAACCUCAAUCAGUUCCUCCCUCCAGACCAUCGCAUUGACUACAUUGCCUGGGACAUGGCCCGCUACACCAAAAGCAAAUUGUGCAACGUUUUAGACCGUUUGAGCAUGAUAGCAGAAAAUGUGGUGAAGCGAACAGGUUUCUUCAUCAAUCGCUCUGACUUCUACUGCCACACCCUGAGACCAGAUGACAGGUGGCGAGAUGUAGGUGGAUCUGUUACAUCCACUGGACGACUACAGACUGGUGUGUUGAGAACCAACUGUGUGGAUUGUUUGGACCGAACCAAUACAGCCCAGUUUAUGGUGGGAAAAUGUGCACUGGCUUAUCAACUGUAUGCACUGGGAAUGAUUGAUAAGCCCAAGUUACAGUUUGAUACAGACUGUGUCAGGCUAUUUGAGGAGCUGUACGAGGAUCAUGGAGAUACUUUAUCUCUGCAGUAUGGCGGCUCUCAGCUGGUCCACAGGGUGAAAACCUACCGCAAAAUUGCACCGUGGACUCAGCACUCCAAAGACAUCAUGCAGACGUUGUCACGGUACUACAGCAAUGCUUUCUCGGAUGCAGACAGACAAGACGCCAUCAACUUGUUCCUUCAGGUUUACCAGCCGUCAGAGGGUAAGGCACAUCUGUGGGAGCUUCCCACUGACUUUUAUCUUCAUCAGAAGAGCACCAUGGCCCUUCAAAACAACAGACGAAGCUACACAUUUUGGUGGUCAGAGGGAGUCCUGUCCUACCUGCCUGUACCUUAUGAUGAAGUUGCUUGUGAGAACACAAUGAAGACCGUCAAAGUAAGGAGGAUGAACCAGUUUGAUGAAAGUGUUGAUAUCUACACAGAGUUCUUCAAACCUUAUGAGCUCACUUCCUUUGAUGACACUUUCUGCAUUGCGAUGACCAACUCUGCAAGGGAAUUUAUGCCAAAAUCCGUGGGAGUGGAUCCAAGUCCAUUCACAGUCCGCAAGCCAGAGGAAACUGGAAAAUCAGUGCUGGGCAAGAGCAGUAAGGAGGAAACCAUUCUCCAAAGGAAGACGGCAGCCAGUGCGCCUCCUCCCCCCAGUGAGGAGGUCAUCUCGAGUACGUCUGAGGACGACUCGGAGGAGGAUCGGGACGAUGAAGGGUCUGUUUCACAGCGCUCUACCCCAAUCAAGCUGCUGACAGAGUCUGGAGAGAGCGGUCGCAUACAAGAGGAGGUCCAGCCACAACAAGCGAUGAAGGAGCCUUAUGGUCGGAUUCUUGCAGAGUGUCCCGCAGAGGAGGAUUUGCUCAUUUAUGAAAGGUUUGCACAUCUUGGUGAGAAUCAACACACAGUGGAGAAAACAGAACGCAUAAACUUAGCGAAUAUCAUUUGCUUAGAACCAGUGUCCCACUUCAAGGAUGACUGCAUCUAUGCCGUCUCACUUCCUCAAGUGGACAGAGGCAGUCACGAAAUGUUUGCGAGCCAUGUAAUGACGGGUCACGGCCAGGUGAGGGCGCUGUGCAGGGAGGAUAUGUUGAUGUACAGGGAGUACGUGAAGAACAGAUACAUGUGAAAGCCAAAUAUCUGAAACUGGACGACGAUAAGGACAAAAAUGUUUCAGGUUUUUUUUGCUUGUGACUCUGGUAAAUUGUAUGCAUUUCUCCUGAUGAUGUACAGAAGACCUUACACAGCUGAAUUUUGACUAGGGGGAAGAAAAAAAAAUCAAAAAAGCCUUUUGUAUAUUUUCUGUUUUCUAAGUUAUAUAUGAGGAUUACAAAAUAAAUUUUUUGCAGAAUAAAAAGCAAAUAUAAGUUGUUGGAAUUGAUGUAAAUAAUUUUAAUCUUAUGUUUUGCAACACAGUGCCAGGAGCUGACAUUGAACUGUCACUAAAAGAACAUGUUUGUAGUCAAUUUGUCAUUUCUGACUAAUCUUUUGUCUCUUUUUAAAUGUUUUAUUUUUGCAUAUAUUUAUCAUUCCAAAAGCAUGUCUGCUUAUUUUUUGUAAAUAUGAAGUGUUUCUGCAAACAUGAACCAUAAAACUUUCAUAGUUUACAAAUUGGUACACAGUUUUAAAUUUUAUUAUUUUGUGUUGAACAUUUGAGAUAUGUUUUAAUAAAUUAAAUACCUAUUUAUCGAACCUAUAUGAAGGAUUCCAUUGUGAAACUGUUGUUUUUGAGGUGCACAUGCAAAACAAUGCACAAAAAUUGACGUUAAACAUUCUUAUACGCACACACAUGUGCACUUCGUUAUUUUGACCAGUACUGUUGAAAACCGUCAUGUAACAUCCAUCUCUGGGCCUCUUCUCUUUAAUCUCCAUAACCUCCCAGUAGCUCAGACUAUAGCAAAUGGUAAUAUUAAUUAGCAUAACUAUGGUGAUCAGAGAUGUCACACUCAUUUUCAGUUUUUGUCCCAUCAUGAACUUGAAUGUCCUCAAAGGGUCGGUUGUGACGGGAUGUGAUAAAACUACCUUUUAAGCUGUAAAAAUAUGUUUAAAUAGCUGUCUCGGCAUUCAGUGAGUAUAUGUGAUAAACUUGAAUUAUAUUGCAUAUAUUUUCCCAUUGAUGCAACUUGGCAGUAUACAAAUAAAAACUUUGAUUUGAUUGAUAAACUGAUAUUUAAGAACACAACUGCUUGUUUAUUUUCUUUCCAUUCAUGUAAAGAACUUUGCAUUGCUUUUCUGAAAAUGCGCAAUAUCAUUAAAAUUGCCUUAAAUUCC